GCGGAAUGUUGUGCUCCUCGAAAGGGGCGGUUUCAGCGGCCCAGCCGAGUCGCGGUAUCAGGCUUAUGGAAACGUCGACACAGGAUUAUCAGCUCGUUCUGCCCCAGCUUCCAUCAGGUACAACUGUCUGCAAUACUGUGUUUUUGCAUGGUGAUUUAAAAGCCCGCCCUUACCGAGUUGAGCAUUUUCGCGAUGCGCUCGAUCGUCUCAAGCUGAUGCCGGAGGUGACGGCCCUAGGGGCGUAUCAGAUGAACCACGUUUGGGCAAUAACUUUUAAGGACGAAGAGGGAAAAAAGAAGCUUUUGUCGGCGAAAACGCUCAGCGUUAAGGACCACCGGUGCGUCGCUAUUGACCCCUGUCACCAGGACAUUAGGAUGAAGAUGUACUGGCUGCUUCACACGACGCCCGACGAGGAAGUUCGAACAGCCUUAGCGCCAUACGGCACCGUGACUGAGAUAUGCAGGGAGAAGUGGCGUGUUCCAGGAUGCGGGGACAAAGGCUCUCACACUAGGCUGGUGUCGCUGCGCUUGAAAGCUGGCAUGACCAUUGAAGACAUACCACAUCAGCUACGAGUGGGGGAAGACCAUGCGCUCGUGUUCGUGCCUGGCAGAGCCCCGCUCUGCCUCCGGUGCCACGGCACCGGCCAUAUCCGGCGCGAGUGCCGUGUGCCACGCUGUGGGCUCUGUCGUCGUUACGGCCACGACGAGACUCAGUGCGUGAGGAGCUAUGCCAACGUGACCGGAUCUGGCAGGGGUGAAGCCUUGGAGGAACACAUGAUGGACCAGGCCGACGCGGAAGCAACUUCUGGAGGGAGCAGCGACUCGCCUGCUUUGCAGGUGAGGUCCGAUCUGAAGGCUAGUGGAGAAUGUCAGCCCAGCGGAAGAAAGGACGAGAGUCAAGAUAACAAAGGUCAAGACGUACCGGGAGCGGAGGCGUCCAUGGUACGUCCAAAGGCGGUGGCUACUAAGGGGGAGGCUCCUCGAAGCUCCUCUGGAGUAGACGCUACUGAAGAGCCUGUUGAGGGCAUGGAUUUAACGGGUGCGAGCUCAAAGAGGCCCAGGGACCCGUCAGAGGGAGGAGACGGACGUGAAGGUGAUGACGGUAGCUGCGAGGGUCCUCCUCCGAAAGCUACCCUUCUCAGACGCGCAACCCUGAAACCAAAACCGAACAUUCCGCCUGACAAGCGGAAUUCGCCGCUGGCUGCCCCGCCGUAGCGGG